AUGCUCCAGAAGGUUCUACUACGACCCAUGACCAGCGUUCCAUGCGCACACGAUUCCACCAUUUCGUACCGAUUCCCAUCGUCGUCUGGGAGUCCGUCCCCUCCCCCCAUCGUACCAUCGUCGCCCGAUCUGGCGCAUCAAAACCAACCCGGACCCUCCAACCCCUACCUCGCCCUCCCACCGCCUGAAGACGAGAUCCCCGACCUCGACGAACUGCCCUCCGAACAACCACCCUCGCCUCCACCUCACACGCCUGCCCCUACCAUGUCAGGGCAUCACCGCAUCACCCUCGCCGCCAACCCCCCCUACUUCGAUGGCGACAAGUCCAAAUACCUGGGCUUUGUGGACGCGUGCACCACUUACAUCGGUGCCUAUUGA